CGGCGCGGAUGGCGGCGGCGGCGAUGACGGCGGCGGGCUGCGCGGGGGCCGGGGCGGCCCGCUCCCUCUCCCGCUUCCGAGGCUGCCUGGCCGGCGCGCUGCUCGGGGACUGCGUGGGCUCCCUGUACGAGGCGCACGACACCGUCACCCUGACGUCAGUGCUGCGUCACGUCCAGAGCCUGGAGCCGGACCCGGGCUCGCCGGGGAGCGCGCGGACAGAAGUCUUGUACUACACGGACGACACGGCCAUGGCCCGGGCCCUCGUGCAGUCCCUGCUGGCCAAGGAGGCCUUCGACGAGGUGGACAUGGCUCACAGGUUUGCUCAGGAGUACAAGAAAGAGCCCGACCGCGGUUACGGCGCCGGGGUCAUUACCGUCUUCAAGAAGCUGCUGAGCCCCAAGUGCCGCGACGUUUUUGAGCCCGCCCGGGCCCAGUUCAACGGGAAGGGCUCCUACGGCAACGGGGGCGCCAUGCGGGUGGCCGGCAUCUCCCUGGCCUAUAGCAGCGUCCAGGAUGUGCAGAAGUUUGCCCGGCUGUCGGCUCAGCUGACCCACGCCUCCUCCCUGGGCUACAACGGCGCCAUCCUGCAGGCCCUGGCUGUGCACCUGGCUUUGCAGGGGGAGUCGUCAAGUGAGCACUUCCUCGAGCAGCUCCUGGGCCACAUGGAAGAGCUAGAGAGUGACGCGCAGUCCGUCUCGGAUGCCAGGGAGCUGGGCAUGGAGGAGCGUCCCUACUCCAGCCGCCUGAAGAAGAUUGGCGCUCUUCUAGAGCAGGACUCGGUGACCAGGGAGGAGGUGGUGUCUGAGCUAGGCAACGGCAUUGCUGCCUUCGAAUCUGUGCCCACCGCCAUCUACUGCUUCCUGCGCUGCAUGGAGCCUGACCCCGAGAUCCCCUCUGCCUUCAACAGCCUCCAGAGGACUCUCAUCUAUUCCAUCUCACUUGGGGGGGACACCGACACCAUAGCCACCAUGGCCGGGGCCAUUGCUGGUGCCUACUAUGGGAUGGAGCAGGUGCCAGAGAGCUGGCAGCAAAGCUGUGAGGGCUACGAGGAGACUGACGUCCUGGCCCAGAACCUGCACCGCCUCUUCCAGAAGAGUCCGUGAGGGCCACAGCAGCCGGGGCUCCGCCGUGCCCAGCAGGCCCGCCUCCCACUCAGAUCGGGGACACUGAGGUCCUGGCAGGGCCCCUUGCAGUGCGGGCGGAGCUCGGUCCUGGCCCUAGGGCCGGGGCUGGACCGCGAGUGGAGGAUUGCUGCCUCCCUGGCGCAGGGUCGGGGUUCAGUGCUGAGCCUGGGGCCCACCCGGUUGCUCGGUGGACAGACGGAUCAGGACGGAGUGGUUGUGGAAGGGAGCCUGCGGCGUUACCUGGCUCACGUGGGGGCGGUGAUGGGCAGAGGCACCGUCUCUUCCUGGCGAGACGCGGCCACCUUGCCAGAAGCACGUCUUUGGGCAGAGCCCCCGUGCAGUUGGGUUUCGGGGUCCGGGAGGCCGGCACCUGCACCUGGCGGACCUCCGGACGCACCUGGCCCGGGGCCAGCAGGGGCUGUCACCAGCCGAGGUCACAGCAAUAAAUGGUGACUCCGCCA